AUGGCCAUUGUGCCAGUGAUGGCUCAGUAUGCCCUUGCACAGGCUGGGGCAUCUCUUCCAGGAUUAUCAUCCUACCAACCUCCAGCAGGCUAUCCAACAACAGCCUUUUCCAGCUAUUAUCCCGUUCCGUCCGGACAAGAGCCUCAGCCGGCUCUACAUGAUCCGGUCUUGAACAUCACCUAUCCACUGAACUUGACGAACCCGGAUACGCUGCCAGACAACGAUCCAGAUCCUGUGUAUUACCCUCGCCCAAUUGCCAGACUCUCGCUUCACCAGCAGAAGAAGGUCAUCUCGGACACCAUUGGCGAGGUCGAGAGCAUCAUUCUUGACGAUGGUUCAGCCUCCAACUGCACAAAAUGCAAGCACGCUCUCUCUAAGGCCAAGCAUGCAGCUCAACUCGCCCCAGAACUCGUACCGGCAGCUAUGGUUCGGCUUUGCAAGAGAACAGGCUACGACUCUGCGGACGCAUGCAAGGAGGACUUCGAGGCGACUACCUUCGGAGCAAUAUGGACGCAGAUACUUGCUCUGGCUGAUGUCUCGGGACUGGAUGGUGAUUACAUCUGCAACCAUCUGAGCUCGGACUUUUGCGACGCACCCACAACAUCGCCCCUUGACAUGACUGGAUGGUUUCCGAAACCUAAGCCUGCGGACUGUGAGGCCAGGGUUCCUAAGCCCAGCGGCAAGCGGGUGAAAGUGCUGCAUAUGUCUGACUUUCAUCUUGAUCCCCGCUACAAGGUUGGAUCUGAGGGAAACUGUACGAACGGUCUCUGCUGCCGAAGCAACGCAGAGAACGAGGAUCUGAAGUCUGGCGCUCUGUCAUAUCCAGCUCCGUUGUACGGUGCUUUUGAAUGUGACACACCUUACGAUCUCGGCCUGGCGGCCCUCCAGGCAGUUGCACCUCUGACCGGGACCAGCAAAGACGACCCACUUGCUUGGACCAUCUACACCGGUGACCUGGUCAGCCAUGAAUCUCAAGAGGAGCUAUCAAGGCUUUACGUGGAAUAUGCCGAAGACUCAAUUUAUCAUAUGUUCAAGAAGUACCUCCACACUCCCGUUUUCCCGGUCCUUGGCAACCACGACACUAACCCAGAAGCCAUUGACGCCCCUCAUUCGAUGCCAGGCAACUUGAGUCAGCAGAUGUCCUGGAACUUUGAGCAUGUCUCUGGACUGUGGAAGCACAAUGGCUGGAUUGAUGAUGCCGCCGCUGCUGAGUCAAGAGUGCAUUACGGUGCUUACAGUAUCAAGAACCAUUACGGGCUAAGGAUGAUAACUUUCAAUACCGACUUUUGGUACCACUCCAACUUCCUGAACUUUAUCAACACCUCCGAUCCCGACGUCAGUGGAACCUUCAAAUUCGUCAUCUCCGAGCUCCAAGCCGCUGAAGACGCCGGCGAGCGCGUCUGGCUCUUCGGCCACGUACUCUCCGGUUGGGACGGCACCAACCCCCUCCCCAAUCCUACCAACCUCUUCUACCAGAUCGUGGACCGCUACUCCCCCCACGUCAUCGCCAACGUCUUCUUCGGCCACACCCACGAAGACGAACAGAUGAUCUACUACUCCCACAACGGCACCAUGCAGUCCCGCGACACUGCUCUGACACCGGGUUGGAUCGGACCUUCCGUCACCCCGCUUACAAACCUGAAUAGCGGAUUCAGAAUGUAUGAAGUCGACACCGCAACGUUCGAUGUCUACGAAGCGUAUACAUGGUACGCCGACGUCUCGUCCUUCCCAUUCCUCAACGGCAGCGCCCAUGGCCCAACGUUCCAAUUCGAAUACAGUACCCGCGAAGCCUACGGCACAGCGGCAAAUUGGCCGACCGAUGCACCGCUGAACGCGACUUUCUGGCACGCGGCCACUGAAGCCAUGGAGGAGGAUCAUAGUUUGGUGAGUUUGUUUAAUACGUACGAGGGCAAGAUGAGCGUGAAGACGCCGAAUUGUACGAGCGUGGAGUGUGUAGAGGCGAAGAUUUGUUAUAUGAGGAGUGGGAGUGUGGCGUUGGGUAGGCAGUGUGCGCAGGGGUAUGGGAGUGUGCAGAGUGCUUUUGAGCCGAGUGCUUAG